GUGUAAGCGGCGAUGACAAUGUUUGUAGAAAUCGAACAAGCAAAUAGAACAUUUGAUCGGAUUUCUCCACAAAGAACACAAGUAGCAUCUUAGAAGAACACGGUUUUCUACGAAGAGUUGAUACUCGUUUUGUUUAAGGAUUCACUGAAGGUAGGAUAAUGAAAAAAAUUAUUUCCCUGUCGACUCUUCACAUAAUACCAAACUACUAUACCUUACAAGGCAAAAUGACUAGACAGGUUGAAACAGUGGGUCGCUACUUCACGACUUUCCAAAGUUAUUUAGCCUGUUUUGAUCCAUUGUACUGUUUACAAACACUGAAAUUCAGCCGUGUGAUCGGUGUUCUAAUCAAAAUUUAGCAAAUUUUUUUAUUGCAAAAAAACUGUCGCCAGGAAAGAACUAAAAUCAUACACGAUAGUGUAGUUUUAUUUUCAAUUUCCUUUGUAAAUUUUCAUUCGUGGGUUUAAACGAAACGGCUUACCUUGUCCCAUGUAAGAAUAAGACGAAAUAACCUUUUUGUAUCUCCGUGAAUCAAAAUAAUUUCUUCUGUUAAUUAAUGAUUUAACACUUUCUUUUGAUCUGAAAGAAGAUGGCAUCCAAAAUUGGCGUCUUGGGAGAAGUUGCCGCCACUUCUGCGACAAACUCUGCUUCGAUUCUGAACAAGAAUACGAAGCCUCAUAAUCAUAUUUAUUUUUCAUUUAACAGAAAAACUUGCAUAAUUAUUAUUUGGGUUAAACUUAUUGUAUUAGUGGUUUGCUUCCGUCAGGAUUACUGGUUGUAGCAGGUGUACCAAUUUUGCUUCGUUUUUCUGUCUGUGUCCCCUCGCUGGGGUUAAUUGAGCCACCUGUCGAUAAAACAGGGACAGAGAGAAUUAAGGAAUUUCACACUUCACUGAACAACUUCACAACUUCUUAACAUGGCCACAAACAAAACAUGCCAUUGAUCGCACCAAAAGUAAAUUAUUUUGUUCAUUAAAAAAUGAACCGAAGCCGGAGAAUUAACGAUAACACAGAGUGGCCCCUGAAGGGGGAGGAGAGGGAGGAGAGGGAGGAGAGGGAGGAGAGUUAAGGAGAAAAAUGCUGCUCUCUCGACUUGUCCUUCCUCAUGCUCAUCGUAGAAAGCUCCGCUCUACAAUUUUCGAGGCAGGGCUGGAGAUCCGAGUUUUCUUGCAAGGGUGGGAGGUGAAAGAAGCAAUCAGCGUCUGACGAAUGUCGAGCAUGACCGUCGAUUGCUGCAUGUUAAUAGUUGGCGAUGAGGUUUGUGUCUCAAACCUCUGAGUGAUGUGUGGUGCUCUAAAACCUUUUUUUUUCCGGUAUCAACAUUUCAGGUGGUGACCAUGAAACACAACAUCGCAAAAUCUAAGAGGAAUGGCCGCGAUUUAUCAGCCAAUUCCUACCUAAAAGAGAACUCGACGAAUGGAAUCUACAUACCGGUAUACUGACUCUUCAGACUCGGAGGAAUUAAGUUUGGACAACUUUACUGUACAAAGGUACGACUUAUAGAAGUGUUCCUCUUUCCUUUGUUGCAUGCAGAAGAAUAUAACAAGAACUGUGUCGUGGAAGUAAACGUAGGGCUGUAAGUCUCCUUUAGAAGGUGCUGAGCCUUAAAUUAUUUUCAUAACCAGUAGAUCAGGGAGAAACUGACAGGAAUCAAAACCAUCAAGUAUACACUGCGUCAGAAUGGUGCUGGUGUCCUUUUCUUUAAAAAUACGGACAUCAUUAUGUAUGGUGAAGUUUUUGGAGUCUUGUAUGUCUACGAUUGGGGGCCAAAAACAGUGAAAUUAGAUCGGACUCUAUUCUGGGCACAAUUCAACUUACUUCAAAUUUACCUGAAAACGGCGUUCGGUUAAUUGAUGAAACAAUUUUUACAAGUGUCUGAAUGCAACUCGGUCUUCAUUACUAAAAACGAAUAACUCCGCUCUCUCCCUUGGAAUCCGAUGUCCAUCGCAGGAAAAUAAAACGAAAAAUGCACAGCCUGGAUUGGGCCCUGUUAAUCUACACAUGAUGUUGUCACGAAGCUAAAAAUUGCCGUCAAUUGGGCACCCGCGUGUUUUUCUUCGUUCGAAGGGGUCAGAGAUACGGAGUCUUCACAAACAAUCUAAUCGACGUUCAAAAAAAUUGGCGAAUCCGAAAAUCUGAGGGCAAGAGAUAAACAUUAGUUUCUCAGACACGGCCGAAUAAGGGCUUGGGCAUUUUAAGAAUGUACAACCCGUUGGAGAGGAUAAUUAGCGCAGAUGUCUUUUACCUCUCACACCGAUCGAUACGAUGACAGGUAAUCUUUCGUAAAUCGUAGGACCUGUGAUAAUUUGACGAGUUUCUCCAUGAUUUCACGCUUCAUCUCCCGAGACGAAACUAACAAAAAUUAUCGUUUAUUGUAGGCUAGCUAGUGCAAACACGGAUACAGAAGACACGAGUGAUGGAAGCGACGAAGAUAUCCGAUCUACCAGGCUGGAGUCUGAUGAUAGAAGGUAAGAACCCCUUAGAAUAUUAACAUAUCAAAUAUUUAUGUUAGAUUAAUUACUCCGUGAGAGGAAAAUAAUCAGUUGUUGGACUGGUUCUAUUCAGUAUAGGCUGUAUUUAGACAGCUCUCCAAUCUCGUUUGUUUUCUACAGUUGUCGUAGAACACACUAACCGAUUGAAAAGUUCAAGCCGUCCAAAGAUGCGGAGCGUACACCACCAAAAACUCGCUGCGAUCGAAGCCAAUAUAAUCGUUCAGUUGAAGAGUCAAGAUUGCGUUUGAAAAGAAAGCUUUUAACAUAAAACGUCUCUUUCGAUUAACCAUUUACAUUUUAAACUGAGUGUUCGCAUUCUCCGCUCUGUUCUCGUUACAUUUCUUAUGGUAUUGAUUGGUAAAAUUUGUUUGGCAAUUAUGAGCUUCUUUACUUGGUGAUCAUUUCCUUUCCUCCUGUGACCUUAACGUGUGAUUCAGAGGUGAUAUUGUAAGGAGAAAUAAGAAGUUAGGCACCGCUUUUGGUUAAAAAAAAAAGCUCCUUUCUUGCCGAGAGGGCGAACUCCGUGAGCUUUCAAACGACGGAAAUUAUUCGUAAUAUAUUUGGGUAGUUGACUAAAGUACAAAAGCUCACUGGUUUAUUGAUCUCUGAUCGGGGGCUUCAAAUUGUGGGAAAACAUCUUUUGAUUUAUUUUGGCACGGGCCGUGACCUAGAACCAUGUAAGUCUGGAAACAACACCGCAGCUAACCAGUCGUGAUACAAGCAGGCUUUCAUUAAUCGUAGUGUUCGUUAAAAUCUGUAUUGCGCCAAACUGGUCAAACUGGAGCCAGUCAAAAUAUACGACAAAAAGAUCGGAAACAGGUGACUGCUGAUAUGGGUUUGCACCGCAUGCUAAAAGGGAGUAAAGACUUAUCAGAGAUAAAUAUGUUCAAGUCUUCUAUGUUUUAUUCCGUCAACUCAGUAAGGGUAAGAUAUUUUAAAUUAUGUACAAUAUUUGCCAAAGAAUGAACUUUGUUUUUUAACGUUUUUGUAUAUCUAAUAGGGAGAUACCGCAAAAGAAAUAUCAAGACCAGAAUGAAAUCGAGAACGAUUUCCCUAAAGAAGCUUCGAAAACUGCUCAUACUCCAGCAGAUUCAAAUGAAUCUCCAAAACCAAUCCCAAGUGAUACAACGCAUUCUCUUCGGGUAUCCCCAAGUGGAGAAACUGACUCUUCUCCGAGCGCCCGAGCCUACUCCCCAGAGGAGGAAAGUGAACUGUUUUCAACAGAAUACGUCGAUAAGUUGGUGGCCUCGUUUUGGAACAAAGUUGAUCAGAAGAUCGAGGCAGCUGUUUCUAAUCACCAGGCGAGUCCGCAGGCCACUCAGCAGACUAACAUGGAAAACAGUGCGCAGACGGGGGAUGCUAAAGCAGAUGACAAAAGCAAUGGUAAAGAGAAAGCUAAUUCAUUGUCGGUAUCAUUCUCUCAUUUGCAGAACUGGGGCUGCUCUGCCGUUUUAUUAAGUCACAUAUCAUUUUACUGGCUAUAUUUAGUUGGCAUGGUUGAUCUGUUUUUUCUUUGUUAUUUAUUUCCACCUCACAGGCUGUGUAUUAUUCUUGUUUUUACUUGUCAUUUUCAGCUAAACCACUCCUUGCUCUUCAUAUUAAGCAAUAUUUUUCUCUUAACAGACAAAAGUACCACUAAGUACCCUGGAGGUGUCUGCGUGUUUAUCCUUUUUAUAUUCCAGGUAAGGACUCUAUGGGACUCCAACAUUUUGACAUACGUGGGUACAGGGUUACUAAAAGAAUGGGUGGCUAUGUAGCUCGUGGCUGAGGGGUCCGGGACAGCGCCUUGAUCGAGUCUCUGAAGAAACCUCAUUCCUGCAUAACCUCUUUCUACUCCACGAAUGAGCACGAAUGACUAUCAGUAAUUUUAAGCCGGAUAUCCUCUAGUAGACUAACAUGCUGUCGUAGAGGACUAGGAAUUCCUCUAGUCGCUCCGCUUAGCUUAUAACUCACGAGCAAGGAUAAACUCAGAAAGUUUUGGCCGUCGAUGGAUGGAAAUUUUUAACUAACCUUGCGUAGAUAAUAUGCAAGUAUCUGGCGUGAAGUUUCUGGCGUCAUAUGAAAAUCAAGAGUAGCCUCUGCUCGAUGAUCUCCUGCGUGCAAAUUAAAACGGUGAAUUGGUGGAAAAUUUACUUCCUCAUAAAAAAGUGGUAGUUUUGUUAGACGUUUUGAAGCAAUUUUUUUUUAACUUGUUUCAUCAUGGGUGACUUGUAUAAAAUAUUUUAAUUCCUUUUUUUGUUGUUGCAGUUUUUAGCAAAAAUUUGUGUUCUUUGUAAAGAGGACAUAAAGAACAAGUGGAAGGUUAGUAACUUAAGUCAACAACGCAUGCGCUUUUUUAUGAUGUGACUUAUUAAAUAAAACAAAAGUGGGAUACACAUCACUAGCCAGCUUUAAAACACUUGUGAAAAGAAGCUUUGUCGUUAAAUGUUAAAUAUAAAGCAUACUCUGCAUAUCAACACUGCCUAAAUAAAUAAGUCUCAUGUCUCAGUAACUGGUAAAGCCUUUAGAAGCUUAGGGCGGUUCUUCAGCUGGUACAAAACCUUCAGUGUCAUUAUUAUGUCAAUCUGUUUUUAAGGAAGAGGCUUAAAAAAAGAUGUUUGUAAAAAAAUCAAAGCGCUCUUCGAGGCGAAGCCAACGUUUGUUAUCGUUGCAUGUUCCGUCUGGGAUUAAUUUUAUUCGCAAUUUUCAAAACACUUCCUAUCAUCAGGAGUGGUUCACCGAUGGAAUGUGGCGGCAGAAUCUGAAAACGAUUAUUACUCAUCGCCAUGCUAACUUCACAGUUGUUAUGGUUACGUUGAUGGAUUGUUUCUUAGUGAUUGCUAACAUUCUUGCUGACUUUGACGUGAUUGAUGGUAAGGCUCAAAAGAUACGUGUAAAGUAUAGGGAUGAAAUGGCUCACAUUGCCUGCGAUUGUUUAGCAAGGAACAAUAGCAAAAAGACGGUAAGCUACCUUUAUAAAGAAACUGUGGCACUGCGUCAGUUGGGUUAAUAACAAGGUAGUUUGGUUUUAUCAACUGAGUUGAUGAUGUAAAUUGGCCACCAUAGAGGGUUUCUCUCGCUCUGACGAAGAGCUAACGCUCGAUGCGUCAGCCUUGGAAACUUUCCACGGGGGCCAAUUGACAUUAUUAAUUCAGUAGAUAAAACCAAAUUAUCCUAAACGAAAUAGAACAAGGUGGCAAUGAAAACUCUGAGUACAGUGAAUAUACUUAAAAUCUACUAGGGCACGGGAAAAGGCAGGCGGUCAAAUGCGAUUGGCUUUCAUCUACAUUUGACUGGACAACAGGGUGGCGAGGGAUUUCUUCACCAGUCUUAGAGUGGCCUGAUAAAAAGGGAAACAAUCGCAAUCCCGAAUUAUUUUUGAAUCUCAAUUAACACUGGCAGUCGUUGUAAGAAAUUGAAACCACCUUGCCUCUCUCAAUGUGAUGACAAUUGCUAAGAUGCCAGUCGCGGAGCAUGGAUGCCGUGUGAUGUUGAAGACACCAUAAUAAACUUUUCAUAUAUAGAUCAUGGCAAUCUGAUAUAGGAGCCAUUCUUCUGUAAGAGGGCAUCAUCACUUCAAUGUCGAAAGGAACUGUUAGGAUUAAUCACGAUUGCGUGUCAAAUACGUAAAAGGUGUCGCUUUGUAUCUUUCAGAUAACGGAAUUGAAUUCAUUUUUCACGGUUUUCUUGACAUCAAUUUGAUCAUAAUGUUCUUAUUUGUUGUCGAGGUAAGGUUUUUCAUGUUUUAAAUGGUCUUUGUUGUAACCACAGUGAAAGAGUGUAUAUUUCAUAGGCGGGAAUAUCCAUCACUUACGAUCACUAUCAUGAUUUCCAUCAGCAUAUAUAGCUCCUAAAAUUAUAUUUAUAAACUUACCUUUCCUCGCGAAUAGUUUACUUCGAAUUUCUGGAAGAGAAAAGAAAGCUACUACAUUCCCAGACCAAACUUUAGAGAUAUUUUUCAUUGUUAGGGCAACGUUUUCUCGACGGAGAAAAAUGACUCGGUAACCUGUACCGUCUCCUCCUUUCUCCCCUCCACCCAUAUCAAUAUUGCCUUGCUCACAAUUUGGUCGGUCCUUGAUAUUAUGACGCCGUACUGCAACACAAGAGGAGGAGAGUAGGGCAAGGAUUUUUUUCUAGAAAUUAAGGUGUGGUGGGUGUCCUAAUGCAUUAGUUAUUGCUGGGGCAGGGGGUGGGGAGUUUGAGGAUCUUGGUCAAGUCACAAUAGUAUUUUCUUACACCCCUCAUAAGGCUCUCUAAUAUCUUUAUGAUUCCCCCACUUCCUACCCCUAUCCCCCCCCCAUUGGAAGUUAAUUGGCAGUCAAUUUCCUAAAGUUCACUUUUAUUCUAUUUUGACGACGACUAACCCUCCCUCCAUUCCCCCUGAAAACCAUGCGAUGCCCCAAAAAUCCUCCACUGUCCCCCUUCCCCCAAGGGUACAAGUGGUGACUGGUCCCUAACUAGAAGUCGAUAUGUAAACUUGGGACCAUUCUAUCAAGGGAUCUGUACUGUAUUGCAGUGAACAAUCAAUCAGGCUCAAUGACUGUUUCAGUAGCGUCCUGUGUUGUUCUUCCCAGUGUCUUGUAAGAAUGGCUGUUCUCCAAAAAGAACUUUUUCAAGACAAGCUGGAGGUAAUCAAUAGCUCACUUGUUGCAGAUUAUUAGAUCGCUCAGUUAGUACGUGCGCCAUGAUUGGUCAAUUUAGCGGGCCGUAUUUCACUGCAUAGCUCCUUUAAUUUGAACCCAGAGAUCUGCAAGUUACGCCCCUGGUUUUUUCCGCUCAGAUUUAUGCAUGUGUGCUUCGCAUUUGGGCCAUAAAUCCGAGCGGUAAAAACUCCUUCCGUAACUUACAGUACAGACCUCGAACUCGGUUAUUAUAUACUGUUGUUUUGGAAACCGGAAGGGUAGUACCUAUAGGAGAUGUACCGUAUAUAACCAAAUGUGGGAAGUAAUAACCACAGGGAGGGAAAUACUGUUUGGAUUUCGUUUCAUUUUUAUGUAUACAAUCUUCAAAAGUGUAUUAUAUAUUCUUUAUCGCAGAUGUUUGACGCUGCUCUUGUGUAUUUCUACUUUCUGGUAGAGUUAAUUACAAGCAAUUGCUUCAGGUAAAUGAACAGUAUGAUUACGAAAUGACUAUUUAAACGUAACACCGAACCGCAAUCAAUUACAUACAUAUGUCGCAUUCAUGUGCAUGCAUUUUGCUCCAAAGUUUGAUAUUUUACUUUGUUUAAUUGUCAUGCUUUCGUUUUUCAGUGAAGUACAAAAGCCUUACCCCAAGUACCUACAUAUGAUAGUCAUUCUUCGAUGCUGGCGAAUUCUUCUCGUUUUAGAACGUAAGUGACCAACUUCAACCUAUUACUCGAUGCUACCGGCACAAAUAAUGCGGGCCUCUAUCUCUCUGAGCUUUUCAGCUGUGUAAAUAACUUUACACACCUUAUCAAAACGCAUGUGAAAAGUAACAUUUCCUAAACAGUGCUUAGUUGUUUUCUUUUUUCUUCUUUUUUCAUAAUUUGCUCCCCAACAAAAGCUAACUGAUUGAUUGAUCGAACAGGUGAUAAAAUGGAUGAUGAUCGAUUGAUUCAUUGAUUGAAUUCGAUUCAAUACAUUUGUUGUUCUCUCGUCGGUUAGCUGGUUGCUGAAUUACUCGAUUGAUCAGAUUUCACCUCCUUGGUUGAUUGACCAACUACUCUCUGACUGGCUGACAAAUCGACGGCCUCAUUGACUGACCGACCGACCGACCGACCGACUGACUAACAAACUGACUAAAGUACAGAUUGACUCACGACCGACUGUUUGUUUCACAUUCGUUUGAUUCAUUCAGUUUACUCGGGUCUCUCUUUUUUUUUCCUUAGAACUUCAACUGGAAAAAGAAUUAGAAUUGAGCGCCAUGGAAAGCCAAACGCAAUGACAGCAAUGAAGGACCACACCCCUUUUUGUACAACAAAUUAGAAUUUUGAUCUUACUUCCGGAGUUAGACAUCAUGUUUAAAACGAGCAUUGAAAUCGACGCAAUCAUUCAACCUUUCUACCCUCAAGAUUGCCGCCUUCACUCUCCCUUUUUCUUCCUGUAACUUCUUUUCAAAAUGAUUCCUAGGAAUUUGGCGUAAACUUUUUCGUGAUUUUAUUAAAUGUUCGCUCAGUAACACUUAAAAUUUGGUAGAAGAAAUUGCUAAUUGUUCACUCCGGACGUAAAAAGGUUAUUGAGAAAAACUUCAAAGCAAACCAGUCGGCC